AAAAUGUCUAUUUUAACUGGAAAAAAAUAAUUGCCUAGUGGUUUAUAGCUUUUCUAACCAAUAAGGAACUACUUUCAAACUGCCUUGUUGGAAGGCGCCGCCAUAGUUAACUGUGGCUGGUUGUCGAAAUGACAGUGAAAAUGUGAUCUGCGACAAUAUUCUAUAAGAAUUUUCUAAGGAUAAAAACCAGUUUACAUACUUUAAUUUGGAUUAUAUUUUUUAUUCAUAAGGUCGUUUCCUUUAACAUCUACUUAAAAUGGAGUCGCUAAAGGAAACAAAGCCUGGUGGUCUUAUUAUUUUUUUAAGUACCGCUAAUAAAUUCUCAAUACUGAGAAUACUGAGAUUGUACAAUCAUGGGAUUUAGUGCUGUACUGUAUUUCUACAUCAAGCCUACUAUUUAUACUUUCAGUGUCAAUCGUAUUGACUCUUUGUGACUAGCUGUCUGUUUAAAACACUGUAAUAAUACUUCAUGUGGAUAUUUAUAGAUCUACGUAAUGAAUCACUGUUGUGUAAAUAUAAAUAAUGGAUCAAACUUUAUUAAAUUACAUUUUGAAUUUGACGUUUUGCUGCACAGUUUGAGAAUUAAUAGAUUGAUUACCAUUACGAUUUUUCUUAGUUUACAAUGAAUAAACCGCUUGUCAAAAAGGCUGUGAAUGGCGAUGUACCAGAUGAGCGAAAGAAAUCUCCUUCACGUUCAAAACGUCAGCCUCCCAACCACCAAGGCCAUCAUCUUCAAGAUGUGGACCUGGGUGUUAAAGGAAAGAAAGCUGAUAAAUCCAAGCAAUCAGAAGUAAUUGGUGAUAAAAGUAAAAAGCAGCUUGUUAAUGAACAAUUAAAUGAAGUGAAUGAAUCCCCUAGUUCUUUAUUCCGAAUUUCAAGAAAUACUGCCUCAAGGAGGUGUAUAUCAGACAGCAUUUCUGUGAGUGCAGAUAAUUCAGAACUGGAACUUAACUCUAGUAAAAAGCCUGCUGGUAAAGCCUUUAAACUGACCCCUAUAGUUAAUACUUCUAUUCCAUCCAAGCCGAGUCUUACUUCCAUUACAGCCAGCAGUAUUGAAGAUAUUAGCCAAAAUCUUAGUUUAGAAAUAAAACUAGGAACUGGAAAUAGAUCAAGUUCAAAUUUGGAUAGUAAUUCCUCUGGAAAGUCUGGAAAAAAAAUUCAAAAUUCCAGAUCUCCACGAAGAAAAGUUGAAUCAUCUAAAAGAAUUAUGCAAGGGAUUAAAAACGAUAUAAAAGCUGAAACUAGUAAAGAAGCAUCAAGUACAAAUGUUAAUAAUGAGGCUUUAUCCAGAAUAGCAAUGUCUCAGCCUUUAGAUGUUCAUUGUGGUGUAGAGAGUGCUACUUCUGAUAUAAAGUUAGAGUGCAAUUCAGUUGUGAAUAAGUCUGAUCCUACUACUGUGAUACAAGAAACUAGUGAAAAUUGUAAUAAGGGGGAAAAUGCAAUAGCUGCGAAACCAGAAACAAAUGGUGGUCAUGAAGUUGAAGAAGAUGGAUUUGACUCAGUGAAGGAAAGGCCUAAACGAACACCUUCUAUAACUUCUGCUUUAGGAAGUAAAGCAGAUGCUGAGCUUGAUCAUGAAACAAAAGCAAAAAAGAAAGAUGAAGAUGUGAAGCAGCCUAGAAUGUCACCUGAUCAUCGCUUUAUGAAGCUUGAUGAAGAAGUGGGAAGAGGUUCUUUUAAAACUGUCCAUAAAGGUCUAGAAAUUGAUACUGGUGUUCAUGUUGCUUGGUGUGAACUGCAGGAUAAACGGUGGAGUAAAAGUGAUAGAAAACGAUUUAAAGAAGAGGCUGAAAUGUUAAAAGAACUACAACAUCCUAAUAUCUUGAGGUUUUUUGAUUACUGGGAAGAGGAAGGAACUCACAGACAGAAAAUUAUUGUUUUAAUUACAGAACUGAUGACAUCAGGAACCCUAAAAACGUACUUGGGACGGUUUAAAAAGCUUAAUUUAAAAGUCUUAAAAAACUGGUGUAGACAGAUCCUUAAAGGUUUGCAGUACCUCCACACUAGAACUCCUCCAAUUAUACACAGAGAUUUAAAAUGUGACAACAUAUUCAUCACUGGUACAACUGGAUCAGUAAAAAUUGGUGACAUGGGUCUUGCUACACUGAAGAGCAAUUCUUUUGCAAAAAGUGUGAUAGGUACUCCAGAGUUUAUGGCUCCUGAAAUGUAUGAAGAGCAUUAUGAUGAAGCUGUUGAUGUUUAUGCAUUUGGAAUGUGUAUGCUGGAGAUGGCAUCAUCAGAGUAUCCGUAUAAAGAAUGCCACAACCCUGGUCAGAUCUAUCGAAAAGUCACUACUGGCGUUCAUCCAGAAGCUUUAGAUAAAGUAAGCAAUACUGAGAUUCGUGAAAUUAUAGAAGGCUGUAUUCAAACUAAGAAGGAAGACAGAUUAACUGUUAAGGACCUUCUUGCUCAUGAUUUCUUCUUGGAAGACACAGGUCUGUUAGUAGAGUUAGUCAGGAAUGAAGAUGAAGAAGAAGAUAAUCAGGUUAUUUCCUUGCGCCUUAGGGUUGUUGAUCCAAAAAAGAGAAGAGACACUCAUAAAGAAAAUGAAGCAAUUCAAUUUGAUUUUGAUCUUGGCCAAGACCAAGCAGAAAACAUUGCCUCAGAAUUGGUUAAUUCAGGAUUUUUGAUAGAGGAUGAUAAACGGAUUGUUGCAAAACAAAUCAAAGACAGAAUUGCUCAAGUUCGUAAGAAUCGUGAAAAGACACUUUCUGACAUACAGCAACAAAAAAUAACUGAGACAGCGACAAAUUUGCAAACCUCUCACGUUUCUCAAGGAACUGUGCAGCCAUCUUCCUUGCAAACAACUGCAAAUCUACAUCAGCAACAGGUACUAUCCAAUCUGCAACCAAUAUCCACUGAAGUUACUGGUCAAGUUUUUGUGCCGCAAACUCCUCAGUCUGGUCUUCUCAUACCACAUUCACAAAAUUUGUUACCAAAUCCUCAAGGACAAAUAGUUACUGCUCAGAGUAUAGUAUCCCCUAUGUUACCUUCUCAGCCCAUUGUGGCACCUGUUCAGAAUCAAAAUUUAGGCCAUACUCACCAGGUUCAAAUGUUGCCAUCACAAGAUACCCAAGGAUUAGCUUUAAAUGUGGGUAAUAUUGUCAGUCAGCAAGUUGGUAACCAGAGGCCUGGAUUAGUUCCCCCUCAGAAACCGGCUGGACAGCUUGUCAGUGUAAAUAGCAUGAAUGCACAAGGGGUCAUCUCUAAUUCAACUCAAAAUGUUGUCAUGCAAGGCCAUACAACAGUCUGUUCUGCUCCAUCUUUGGCCCAGCAAAUAGCUAAUCCAUCAUUAGCUAAAGAUGUAAUCAUUUCACAAGGUUCUAACAUUAAUACUGUUAUUUCUGCUCCUGUCCAGAUUCAGGCUCAAGGAUUAAUAUCUCAGCCUGUAGCCAGUACUCAAGUCCCUAUUCAGGUCAAUGGUAAUACAUCAGUCACUGGCCAUGCAGUUCCACAAGGGACAUCAUCAUGUAAUACACAUCAGCAAGUAGGAGGCGGUGAGGAGCAUGUUUUGAGUGAUAAGACAGCAGAUACUGGCUCUUGUUUGAGUGAUAUCAACAUAACUCACAGUGGAUCUCAGUUGUCAACAACAUCAUCAACCAGCAAUGCUGCACAAGCUGGUGAACCUCAAUCGUCCAAUCAGCCAAGAGUUAAAUACAGGUUACGUGAAAAGGCUGCUAACCUAAGUCAUCUGGAUUUGAAUGCUGCACAACAGUACCAACAACAAACUUCUCAUCAGCAGGGAAACCUGAUUUCAAGCACAUCCAGUAUUCAGCCAACUGCAACUCAGAGUGCCAGUGGUUUAACAACAAGCUUGUCAGCAUGCUACCUAAAUGAUGAAUCUUCACAUUCAAAUAGAGAUAGUGAAACAGAACUGGGUCAAGAAAAGACUAAGAAGAAGACUCGACGCCGUAAAAAGACCUUGGACAAACAUCCGCCUAAAGUCACUAUCAUCUCAUUUGACGAAGUUUCAGACGAGGUGGAAGUUCUGCUGGAGGUGGCAAACAACAAUCUGACGUGCAAGUUUCCUCGCAGUUCUAUUCCCCGUCCCGAGGAAGUUGAGGAAGACUUGUUACCUGAUGUCAGUAAAGCACAAAUAGAUGGGGUUACUGAUUUACUGCACCAAGUCAUUCAGAUUGUCACUCAAGAGGGAACAAAAUCAGUUGGUCAAGUGCUCACACUUUCUCCUUCUUCAAGUCCUACUGCAGUUCGUAAAUACAAAAUCAAUAUUGAAAGCAAAAAGUCAAUUACUGAUGGUUCCCAGGAUGUUCGAGCAGUUACUACUAAAGGUUUAAUAAUUACUCAUCAUUUACCUACAAAAGUGGCUGAGGAUGAACAAGAUGAACCAACUACAUCGCCUGAAAAUAAUCCUGAUUAUCAAAAUACUCAAAUGGGAAGUAUUGCUCAAGAUUUGGAACAAAAAUCUUGGAAGUCAACUACUACUAAAGAAAGUAUUCCAAUAAAUAUUGAUGAACUUUCAGAGAAGUUAAAAUGUAUUUAUCCACAAAAGUCUGCUCCAGGUGCCACAACUUCAGUAAGUGGUGCCCCUGCAGAUGCGCAGGUACCCCAGACUGCCGUACAAGCAUCUCAACAUCCUCAGAGCCUUGUCCAGUCGUAUCAGAUGAAUAAUACUGUUCCUUCGUCUCAAACAAAUGUACAGUUGGGUACUCCUCAAGUGCAACAGUUGGCACAAGAUGCUUCUAAACCUCCUGUACAAAGUGAGCUUCAAGUCUCACCGCGCUCUGCUGUGCUAGGCCAGUCAGCAGUACCUCUCGUCACAUCUCAGAAUAUUCCCUCUCAGCAACUACAACAGUCCUCAGUGCCCCAAGUACAGCAGUCCACAGCCAUCCAACAGGCUCAACAGCAUGUACCAGCUCAGCAGGCACAGCAACCAAGUUGUGUGCAAACUAUCCCAACCCAGUCGUUGCAGCAGCCUGCUCCCAUUCAGCAAGUACCGCAGCCUAUUCAGCAGCCCAUUAUGAAUCAAGGACAACCAACUAUUCCUGCUCAGCAAGCACAACCAACUAUUCCUACUCAACAAUUACAACAAACUAUUCCUUCUCAACAAAUACAGCAACUUAUCUCAACUCAACAAGGUCAGCCUAUCCCUGUUCAGCAAGCACAACAAACCAUUGGCACCCAACAACCUAACAACACCCAGCAGUUGCAACAGUCUAUUCCUACCCAGCAGACCAUCACACCACAAGUGCAUACAGCCAAUUCAAGCCAACAAGUACCACAGCCCAUUCCAUCUCAGCAGAUGUCAUUUCCUACACCUUCACAUCAGCCUGUCAUAGGAAUACCACAAGAAAUUCACAAGGACAAUAUGGGACAGCACUUGCCAACCAACAUAGUGCAAAAUUCUACAGUUCAGGACACACAAAAGAUAGGAGCUUUGCCACCAACUUACAAUGCCCCUAGUGGACAUAUGGGCUACAAUAUGCAUCCUCACCAUCCAGGAGCACCACAGAUGCAGCAGAUGCAACAGUUAUUUGGCAUUAUGCAGCAUAUGAUGCAUAUGACACCAUACAGUUUUCAUCAACCUAGCUACUAUGCACAUAUGACCCCAUACAUGCAAGCAAUGAUGCAGAUGUCACAUAUGAUGCACCAAAUGCAACAACAGCAUGGUCAACACUCCCUUCCCGUCCACAUGCCUUUCCCUUACUCCCAUUAUUCAGGGUGGGGUUAUCCUCCAUCAUACUCUCUCCCACCCCAGUCUUCCUCUCAUCCACAAGAAAAUGCUUCAACCUCAGUUUCUCCUCCAAGAUCCCCAACAUCUUCAAGAAGAAAUAUUGUUCAAGAUAUUGCAAGUCAAUCUCCAUAUGCCUCCAUCGAAAAUCUUAACUUAAUUGGUAGAAAUAAAUCUGACAUCAACAGCCUUGAACAGGCUUUAGCAAAAACGAUGAGUAGACAAACUGCUGGGCAUUCUGUUCAGCAUACUCUUUCUACAGUUAAUAGUGGAACAAAUAUUCAUGAGAAUUCUGUUGAGACAAAAGUUGCUGAUUCUUAUACUGAACCUGCAGAUAGUAAAAUGAAAGAAGAAAAAAGCUUUGCUGAAAAAGCUGUUGUUUCUGAAACUCCACCUGUUCAACCCACUGAAACAAGGUCAGAACCAGAUUUAUCAGCCCCCAAAACAAAGGCCAUUUCUCGUUUCAAAGUAGAAGUUGUUAAAGAAGAUCCUUUACUGACAGAAAAAGAUGACGGCCAACCAGACAAUUUUCAAGAUGACAUAAAAAGUGAAAGUGAAGAAAAGAAAGUUGAAAAAAGAGGAAGGUUUCAGGUCACAAAAAUUAUGCCUCAGCCAGCUGCAUCUGCUUCUUCAGAAGGAACUUCCAAUGAUGCCACUCCCUCUGCAUCUAUUAAUACUAACCCACUUUCCACUGAACAAACUAGUAACAAGCAUGAGUCCACAAUUAAUUCUCAUUUUGCUACUAAUUCACGUACUGAUGGUGAAGGUGCUACUGAUGAUGCUAGACAAAAUAGUAUGUUUGACAGGAGAUCAACAAUUGCUGAACCAAAACCUAAUCCUGAAAAAAUUAAGAAUGAAUUUGCAAAUUUAGAUUUAGAUGCUGAUUAUCAAGCCCUCCUGAACAAACACAUAGAAGAAAAAAGACAGUACCUUCAAACUAAAGGUUAUGACCAAGAAGUUAUUGAUUUUGAAGUUCUUAAAAUCCGCCAGCCUCAUCCAUUAUUAACCAAUGCUGUUGGCUCACCAGCAUUCCUAGGUGUAUCUCCUCCAUUUACCAAUCAAGCAUCAACAUCGCCUGUUGCGUUAUUCCAUUUGGGGGAUCAAAACUUUGAUGGAUGUUCUGAAAAUGAUUCAUCUUCCAGUAAGCCUCUUCAAAUUGAUGGCAAUAUUGAAGCCAUGCGAGCAAAAACAAACCGUUUUGAAGAUGUUAUGAAGACAUACUUAGACUUUACCAUGCAGUCUACUUCUACACAGCCCAAAGCAGAUUUUAAAAAAUCUAUGAAUGAAAAUAGGCAGGAUAUGGAAGCAAAAUGGGAAAAUCAGUAUGAUAGUGUUGAUUCAAGCUGUAUGACAAACACAGAUUAUUCAGACACAACACAAGAUUUGUCUGGACCAAAUAGCAGAAAGUCUAGCUUUGAUAUGUCAGGGUCAAACAUGAUACCAGAAAUGAUGAGAAACUACUCACAAUUUCAAGGGGGCUUGGGUCAGUCAUUACAACAAAGUCAUCAGAUCCAGCAUCAACAAACUACUCAACCCUCUCAAGAGCAAGCAUUUCAUACAUUCUAUCCUAGUCAAUAUCCUGGCUUUAAUCCCUUUAGCUUCCAAACAUUCCCUAUGUCUGCUGCACAGCAGCAUGUUGCACAACAAACUGCAUAUCAAGCAAAUUCAGCUUUUAGUCAUUAUAUUGGUAAUAGUGGUACUUACAGUGCACCACAAGGAUUUCAGCCUCAACCCUCCAUGACAGAUUCGCGCCAAGCUGCUAAUUCAUUGUGGACAACUGCUCCAAGUGCUACUUCCAUACCAAGUUCUGUAAAUCCAUUAGUUGGUAAUCAGAAUGUAUCUAAUACUAAUGGUCAGUCUAGUGGCAUCCCUGGAUCUGCUAAUGCUAAUGGUGUAGCUCCUACACAGCAUUCUGGCCCUAUGGGCUAGAAAUGGUGAAUUUCACCACUGGUCUUUCAUUAUUAGAACAUUCAUCUUGCCUUUGGCUUCAGUUUUUCUCUUUAUGUUGAUAUAUUUAUUUUCAAGAAGUAAACUUCUUUCAGUGUUUUUUGGGUUAUAACUGAAAUGUCUUUCGAGAUUGCAAUGCUUGGGAAAAUGGAUUGAAUGAAUGACUGUACAUUUUAUGAAUCUAUCGGAGUCAAGCUGAUACAUCGAAAUCGGCUGUGAAGGAUGGUGUUCUAACCAUUAAUAGCUGCUUUCCGCAUGUUCAAACAGUAUUAAGGCAGUUAUUAACCAAUCAGCCUUUCAUAAAAUAUUUAUAUAUUACACAGAGGUCUUGAGAUUUAUAUAACAAAUUUGGAACAAUCACCUAGCAUUUGUACAUGAUCAAACAUAAUUUAUUAGCAUCUAUUGAUCAGUGCACUGUAAGGAAUAGUGCAGAAGUGUACAAUAUAGUUAUAAAUAUUUGUUUUUAAUCAGUUUUUCUUUUUAUAUUUAAACAAACCAUUUGUAAAGUUUUUCCAAAAUAAUUCUGUGUACCUUGUAUUUUUAAAGUGUUCUUAAGCAGUAAUGGAAUAGGGCUGAAAUAUUUAAUUGAAUUACAUUAGAAAUUACUGAUUAAUACCCAUUCAUUCAUGAAAGCAGGUUUGAAAUAUCAAAACUCUAUCAAAUCCAGACAUUUUUUUUAAAAUAUGAGAAAUUCUGUGUGCUUAAGUUUAGUCAGUUACAUUAAAAAAGGAAAAAUAAGUAUAGAACAUAGAAAAUCUUUUGGUUAUAUAUAUUUUAUUGUCAGGUCACUACAUUAAAUUUUUAUAUAGUAAAACAAGCAUAUUUCUUUCAGUUUAAAUUGUAAGUAUGAUUUGUUGAAGCAUUAUGGCAAUAUCCUAAUCAAUUAAGUAUUUUUUUUUCAAAUCCACCGCUGACCAUAGAUGACCAAAUGUACUUACUGAGAAGUAAUUGUAUGUUCAUGUUAAGUUUUCCCAUAAUCUUACUGUCAUAACCAUUAAAUUACUACCAAAGAACAUAAUGUAGGACUGUUUUCUCCCCCAAAUUUAUGUGUUUAAUCAUUAGAAACUAUUUUGUCCUAACUGAACAGAUGAAACAAUUUUCCCAAUCAUUCCAGACAAGUUACAUUUAUUGUAAGUGUUCACACAGCAAUUUUCUUAAGCAUUUUAACACCAAAAAUAGUUUGAAUACUGAAUGUGCAAAGAUUUUAUGGGGGUGGGAGAGUAAGAAAUGUGAUAAUGCAAACAAAUUCACUUGCUUAGAUUUAUUUUCAAUACUCAACUCAUGGUAAUGUGUUCAUUGAAUGUGUGUAAUUUGUUAUAUUAUGGCAUAAUUUAUAAUGGAUUUAUUUUAUUGAGAGAUUUUUUUGUUUAGUUUGACAGUCAUGAAAAAUUUUACUAACAGGACGAACAUUAAAACUUGUUUGGGAGACUAUUUAAGUGAGUUACCUAUUUUUUUUUUAUGUAUUGUUUAAUUUAGUGUUGUUUAUUUUAUACAGAAAUAUUUCAUAAUCAGUGUAGAUUUUUUUUAACAGCAGCGCUAGCUGUUAAUCAUAAUCAUACGUAGAUAAUGACAUCUCUUCAGUCACUUAGUUUUGUAAAUGUGUCAUAUUUGCUUACAGAGAAAGAGGACCAAUUUAAAAAGUGUACAAUAUUGUAUGAAAUUGAAUAUUUACUUACUGUUCAUUUUCCAACCAGCUUUUAUCCACUUCCUGUUCAGUAUAGCUUUGUUCUUGUAUUGGACAUUGAUGCUCACAAUUAUGAAUUAAUUUUCAAAUAGUAUUGUGUAACAUGGCAUGGGUGGAUUAAAUUAAGUAUUAAAAAGUUAUCUUACUUUCAGUUACUUUGUAAAGGGGAUGCCUAGUACUUUAUCAAUACGUGGAGUAUAAAAUAUGUUUAUUUAAAUUAAUUAGACCUUUUCAAAGAUAUUUAGACCAAAAAACCUAUCUGCUUUUUCCUGAUAAUAGCAACAUCUAAUUAUGGCCAUGCAAAAGUAUCAGCUACUUGUCUUAAAAGUUAGCUUAGGUUGAAAUGUCAAUGACAUUUAUGCAUAUCUUGUCAUAAAUGUGCCUUCACCUACUUAUUUCACUGUUGAUUGAAUUUUAAAUACUUUCAAACAUUAAAAGUACAAUCAUGGUAUGACUAGGUAAAUAAACGGACCUUAAAUUUCUUGGUUCAGAGUUCCUUCUGCAAGAAUAUGAAAUAUAGUUUGACAAUAAUAAACACCCUCCCUUCCCCCCUCCCAUUUACUGCAUUUAAUCAUUAUAUUCAUCAUUAGUUUAGUGCUGAGCUAAAUUUUUAUCACGAGAAAAAACACUGAAUGUGUGUGUGAAGUAAGUUGUACAUAUAACUAAAUAGUUACUUCAGUACCCAAAAAAAUGUAAUUUUGCCUAUCAUGACAGUAACAAAACCCAUUUCACACAUCAGCCCUCUUUGUUUUGUCUAGAACUAAAAUUCUUUUUAAUUACGAGAAAAUAUUAUAGUUUUGUGGCAAGUGAUGUCUUACGAUGAACAAAGUGUAUGUUUACAAUUUGAAGAUGAGCAGAGGGUUCAUAGUUAUUUUAUGAUGUGAGUAAAUAUCAAUUAACUAAAAAUGUUUGAAUUCAUAAAGUAAAUAAAAGAAAAUGUUCUCAAUAGAUUAAGCUUUGCUCAACUGAUUCAAUGUAUUUUGAUUUAACCAUGAUGUUGGGAAUUCAAUGCAAUGCACAAUAAAGUAUGCUAUUAAAAUUU